GUAUUCUUGAAAUAACUGCUGUUGAUGUUGGAAUCGUUGCCAUCAAGGGCUUGUUCUCGGGCAGGUACCUGGCCAUGAACAAAAGGGGCAGACUUUAUGCAUCAGAAAACUAUAAUGCAGAGUGUGAGUUUGUGGAGAGGAUCCACGAGCUGGGUUACAACACCUACGCCUCCCGCCCCUACCGGAGCGUACCCAGCAGAGGCGGCAGCAGGCGCAAGGCCAGCGCAGAGAGACUCUGGUACGUCUCCAUCAACGGCAAGGGGCGACCCAGAAGGGGCUUUAAAACUCGCAGGACACAGAAGUCGUCUCUCUUUCUGCCCAGAGUGUUGGAUAACAAAGACCAUGAGAUGGUCCGACUGCUCCACACGAAUGUGAGGUACCGAGAGAGCCUCCUGAAGCCCCUGAGCAAGAACCAGCGGAGAAGGAGAGGACGCUGA